AUGGAGGGAGCUCGUCCCCACGCGAGCUCAGAUCUGACGACCCCGGCCCUGAGGAAAGCGCUCACCCCCCGGAGCCACGAGGACGCCGACACGGCGGUGAUCGCAGUGACCAUCACCCUGGUGUUCCUCACCCUGCUGACGGCGCUGGUGGUGAUUGGCAUCUACCUGUACCGCAACAGGGGCACCUACCACACCUACGAGCAGCCCGAGCCCCACCCGGACCCCGACCCGGCCGAGGAGGAACCUCCGGCCAAGGAAAAGGAGGAAUAUUUUAUCUGA